AAGCAUGAAACAAAGUUCUCAUAAUCGAACGACGAGACUCAGACACGGCCAUGUUUCCCAUCUGCCAAUGCCUGUUUGGUACCUGGAGCCAGCCGCAAGGCAUGUCGGGCUUCAGAGUCUGGCCAACACCGAUUUCCCGCUCGAUGCAACCUUCUUCGAGGCACUGUCCCGGUUCAAAGCUGUAGCAUCAUCUCGAGUGAGGCACAGUGAGAAUAGGCAUUUGACUAAAUCCAUUCUCCUAUGACAACAAGCGAAAAAGUCUUGGUCUUUAUUGUUUUCCGGGCACAAUGAAUGUUUCCGGUGAAAGCCACCACCCCCUCGACAGAUUCAGCAAUGUGUCUUCCCUCUAUGGUCCAGGGAACAUGGGCGGCUGGCUCUGCAUCCUCCUCUCCCUCUUUGUUACAUGGACGUUCAACCCCAAAUACUCCCGCUCCAACACCAUCUCGCCUGACUUCAUCAUAGCACUCACCAUCCCAGCGGUGGCAGCUGGCCAUGUGUACAAUUUGAUCUUCUUUCAAGCACCAUCUUCAUCAACCUCGAGUCUCAAGACUCUGUUGACAAGCUCCGACAUAUCUUCUCAACAAUUUUCAUCCGCCCUUGAAGCGCCAUUGACGGUGUGCGAGACAUUCUCUGGCUUCGGCCUCGCACUUUUUGGGUUGGCAACUUGGAAGGGCCAGAUGAAAAGGGCGUUGAUAGUGCUGGUGGUGACUGCUUUUACUUGGUUGCCAGAGUGGGCCAUACUAAUCAAAACCGGAUGGAAUGUACCAAUCGACGAGAGCAACAUGGUGAGGCCCUUCUGUCAUAACUUUGACGUACCGGUCAUAACCGGUAUUAUGACAACUUUAAUCGUCGCUGUUGCGCUGGCAGUCUUGAGUCAAAUUACUUCACUUGCGUCCCAUCAGUGCGACAUUUUGUUCAACGCCUCCUCGUCAAAUGCCACGCAGGAACGCAUUCCCUUACACACAAUACAAAAAUGGCUCGAUCUUGCAAGAGUCAAAUUAGCCCUCACAGUUAAGGGUUGGUUUGAUGCUAUAUGGCCUGUCAUAUCUAUUCCUUUUCUCGUCAUCCAAGUGGCCAUCAUUAUUCUGGGCGGAGCGACCGAAACCAAGUACAUGUCGAGCAAUCAAAGCUUGGCUCUCAGGCUAUCUAUGGCUUUACCGAAAAGCUCUUACAAAAUUGAUGAGCUUGACCAGGCAGUUUGCUUAUUUUUAGGCCAUGUUACCUUGGUGUUCAGUUUGUGGGAUGCUCUCAAAGGCAGUCUCAAAGAGCGGGUGGCAGCGCACAGAAUUCGAGGAGAACAGGAGGAAAAUGAGUAG